AAACCAAUGGCGAGCGACUCGUCGGGCACUCACCCAAUGGCUCUGGCACUGGGCGGGGUUCUUUGCCAUGAGGCUCGUUAACGCCGGUACCCGCAUUUCUGCCGCGGUUUGGGCAUUUCUGCCAACGUGGGUAGAAUCUCUUCAGAGCGAGUGGACUUUAAACCCAAAGUGCGAGAGCAAUACGUGAGGGAUGGGCCCUGCAGCUGCGAGAGCGGAGCAUCGCGGAACUGCUGGGGAGCCGGAGGUGAUGGAGUCAGCUCUGGAAGGCACAGGCAAAGAGGGGAAGAAGGAAUCCUUAAAGAAACGUAAGAUGGUUGGGUCUCCGGGGGAGGGCCUCCUGCAGCCCGUGAAGCUCAGCCGGGCAGAACUGUACAAGGAACCUACCAAUGAGGAGCUCAGUCGCCUUCGGGAGACUGAGAGUCUGUUCCAUUCCAGCUUGCUUCGUUUACAGGUAGAGGAGUUACUAAAGGAAGUGAGGCUGUCAGAGAAGAAGAAAGAGCGGAUUGACACUUUCCUACGGGAGGCCAACCAGCGGAUCAUGAGGGUGCCCUCAACCCCUGAGACAGAGCUGACCAACCAGGCAUGGCUCCCAGAUGGGGUUCAAGUCCCUAUCCACCAAGUACCCUAUACUGUGAAGGGCCGUUUCCAUUUCCUGCCCCCAGCCCAGGUCACUGUUGUGGGAAGUUACCUUCUGGGCACCUGCAUCCGGCCGGACAUCAAUGUGGAUGUGGCACUGACCAUACCCAGGGAGAUCCUACAGGACAAGGAUGGGCUGAACCAGCGCUACUUCCGCAAGCGUGCCCUCUACCUGGCCUACUUGGCUCACCACCUGGCCAAGGACCCACUUUUCGGCAGUGUUCGCUUUUCCUACACCAACGGCUGCCACCUGAAACCCUCGCUGCUGCUGCGGCCUCACGGGAAGGAUGAGCGUUUGGUCACCGUUCGUCUGCAUCCCUGCCCUCCACCUGACUUCUUCCGCCUGUGCCGCCUCCUGCCGUCCAAGAGCAAUGUGCGCUCUGCCUGGUACCAAGGGCAAAGUCCUUCUGGGGAUGGUAGCCCAGAACCCCCCACCCCCCACUAUAACACAUGGCUCCUGCAGGACACAGCCCUUGAAUCCCACGUGCAGCUGCUGUCAGCUGUGCUGGGCUCAGCCUCAGGACUGAAGGAUGGGGUGGCACUUCUGAAGGUCUGGCUGCGGCAGCGGGAACUGGACAAGGGCCUGGGAGGAUUCAGCGGGUUCCUUGUCUCCAUGGUGGUGGCCUUCCUCGUGUCCACACGCAAGAUCCACACCACCAUGAGCGGCUACCAGGUGCUGAGAAGCACCCUGCAGUUUCUGGCCAGUACAGAUCUGACCGUCAAUGGGAUCAGUUUAUGCUUCAGCUCAGAUCCCUCCCUGCCGGCCCUGGCUGACUUCCACCAGGCCUUCCCUGUUGUCUUCCUGGACUCCUCGGGCCGUCUCAACCUCUGUGCUGAUAUCACUGCCUCCACUUACCACCAGGUGCAGCACGAGGCUCGGCUGUCUAUGGCACUGCUGGACAGCAAAGCUGACGAUGGGUUCCAGCUGCUCUUGAUGACUCCCAAACCCAUGAUCCGGGCUUUUGACCACAUUGUGCACCUCCGUCCACUGAGUCGCCUGCAGGCAGCGUGUCACCGGCUGAAGCUGUGGCCAGAGCUACAGGAUCUCGGUGGGGACUAUGUCUCAGCGGCUUUGGGCCCACUCACCACCCUCCUGGAGCAGGGCCUGGGGUCCCGGCUACAGCUGCUGGCCCACUCUCGGCCCCCAGUCUCAGAGUGGGACAUCAGCCAGGAGCCACCGAAGCACAGAGAUCCGGGCGUCCUGACCCUGGGAUUGCUCCUCCGGCCUGAGGGGCUGACCAGUGUUCUUGAGCUGGGUCCUGAGGCUGACCAGCCUGAGGCGGCCGACUUCCGCCAGUUCUGGGGCUCUCGCUCCGAGCUUCGGCGUUUCCAGGAUGGAGCCAUCCGGGAAGCUGUGGUCUGGGAGGCUGCCUCUAUGGCCCAGAAGCGUCUCAUUCCCCACCAAGUGGUCACUCAUCUCUUGGCACUCCACGCUGACAUUCCAGAUACCUGUGUCCACUAUACGGGGGGCCUCCUGGACGCAUUGAUCCAAGGCCUGAAAGAGACCUCCAGCACCGGUGAGGAGGCCCUGGCAGCUGCAGUGCGUUGCUACGAUGACCUCAGCCGCCUGCUGUGGGGCCUGGAUGGUCUUCCACUGACCGUGUCUGCUGUGCAGGGAGCUCACCCUGUGCUGCGCUAUACUGAGGUGUUCCCGCCAACCCCAGUCCGUCCAGCCCACUCCUUCUAUGAGCAGCUGCGAGAGCGGGCCUCACUGUUGCCCCGGCCUGACAAGCCCUGCCCAGCCUAUGUGGAGCCCAUGACUGUGGUGUGUCACCUGGAGGGCAGUGGGCAGUGGCCCCAGGAUGCCGAGGCCAUUCGCAGGGUCCGUGCUGCCUUCCAGCUGCGCCUGGCAGAGCUGCUGACUCAGCAGCAUGGGCUGCCAUGCCGCGCCACAGCCACACACACCGACGUCCUCAAGGAUGGGUUUGUGUUCCGGAUCCGUGUGGCCUACCAGCGGGAGCCGCAGAUCCUGAAAGAGAUGCGGAGCCCCGAGGGGAUGAUCUCGCUGAGGGACACCCCCACCUCCCUCCGCCUCGAGAGGGACACGAGGCAGUUGCCCCUGCUCACCAGCGCCUUGCAUGGGCUCCAGCAGCAGCACCCAGCCUUUUCAGGUGUGGCUCGGCUGGCCAAGCGGUGGGUGCGUGCCCAGCUCCUGGGUGGGGAGCUCACCGAUGAGAGCCUGGACCUGGUGGCUGCUGCCCUUUUCCUGCACCCUGAGCCCUUCACCCCUCCCAGCUCCCCCCAGGUGGGCUUCCUUCGGUUCCUUUUCCUGAUAUCAACCUUCGAUUGGAAGAACAACCCCCUAAUUGUCAAUCUUAACAAUGAGCUCACUGCGGAAGAGCAGGCGGAGAUCCGCAGUGUCUUCCUGGCAACCCGGGCAAAGCUCCCCGUCAUGGUCAUUGUUACCCCCCAAGAUCGCAAAAGCUCCGUGUGGACACAAGACGGACCCUCGCCCCAGAUCCUCCACCAGCUGGUGAUCCUGGCAGCUGAGGCCUUGCCUGUCCUAGAGAAGCAGCUUAUGGAUCCCCGGGGGCCUGGAGACAUCAGGACUGUGUUCCGGCCACCAUUGGACAUGUACGAUGUGCUGAUCCGCCUGGCUCCCCGCCACAUCCCCCGGCACCGCCAGGCCGUGGACUCGCCGGCUGCCUCCUUCUGCCGGGGCCUGCUCAGUGAGCCAGGGCCCUCCUCCCUUAUGCCCGUGCUGGGCUAUGAUCCGCCUCAGCUCUACCUGGCACAGCUCAGGGAGGCCUUCGGACACCUGGCUCUUUUCUUCUAUGACCAGCAUGGCGGAGAGGUGAUCGGUGUCCUCUGGAAGCCCACCAGCUUCCAGCCCCAGCCCUUCAAGGUCUCCAACACAAAGGGACGCAUAGUGGUGUCUCAAGGCGGGGAGCCAGUGAUGGUGCCCAAUGUCGAAGCUAUCCUGGAGGACUUUGCCAUCCUGGGCGAAGGCCUGGUCCAGGCUGUGGAGGCCCGAAGUGAGAGGUGGACUGUGUGACCUCCAGCCUAGGAGCAAGCUAGAUGGACAGACCUCUGGAGCAAGAUGUCAGAGGCAUGACCACCCUCACUGUGGAUAGACCCUCCAAAGAGGGCUUGCUGGCCCGAGCAUGCUGACUUGUCCCCAACAAAUCCCCGUCCUGAUUUCCUGUCUGAUGCCCCAGCACUGGGACAGGGGCCAUGGUGGCCCGUGCAGUCCCCUGGACCUGACCAGAGGAGAACUGGGGGUCAGCUCAGAGGGGACACCGAAUGAACCCAGGAAAUCCAGCUACUUGUCAGCUUGGCCUGGGCCUUUUGUUCCUUCUCAGGUUGCUCCUAAAAGUCCAGAGAAGAGACUGUGCGCCCAGGGCUGAGGCUCUGUCCCCACCCCUGUGCCAGGAUGUGGGCCUUGACCUCAGUAUGCUCUUCGCUGCAGCGUCAAGGCUUUUAAAUGGGGCCCAGCGAAGGUGCGGCACUGCCUGAGGGUCAUAGGGCGGCAGCACUGAGCAGGAGAGGGGGCUUCACAGGAUGAAGAGACCGCACUGAAGGGGCACAGUGCCCUCUUGUGUUGGUUCCGCUGCUUCCCAGGGUGGGGACGUGGAAAAGCACAGAAAACAGGAAGGGGGUGGGUGGGCGAAGUGGCGAGAGGGACUGGUAGUCCCCCAUCCAGGAGAGAUGCAAAAAGCACUGAAUGCUGCCCUGGCCUCUGGUGUUAGAGGCUCUGUGCUCCCACCUUGGGGGUGCAGAGGUGAGCAGGACCAAGACCUGCUCUCCAGGAGCUCCAGUGCCCUGAGGGAUGGGGUGCUGCUUCCUUUCAGCCUGGUCCACACCCCCCCCUCCCAGCAGCUUCUCCCUAAUCCUGGCUGUUUUUCCAGAUUCAGCUCAAACAGUGACUCCUCCUUAAACCCUUCCCUCGCCCUCAGCCUAAGGUGCUCUUCCUCUGAAACAUCAGAGCAAUUCCUGUCCAUUCACUUCUCUUCACAGUCAUGUACAGCGGCAUAAACUCUUCUCUUGUCUUAAAUUCUGAUUUAACAUUAAAUCUUUUUAAGUUC